UCAGUCGGGAAGCUGGAGGCUGAUUAGUGCCCAGGUGUAGGCGCCUGUUCCUCCUCCAUUUUCUCACAACGCUUGAAAGAAACGGGAAGGCAAUUUGGGCAGACAUUAAUUUAUUCACUUAUUUUAACGGUUUUAGACAUGGAUCUCCAGAAACAGCGGCAUGGCGUGGCGAUGUCUAACGGCUUCAUCUUACCGGAGGGCAAAAUGACGCCCAACACACUGUUUGUGGGAGGCAUAGACAUGAAGGUUGAAGAGAAUGAGAUCCGAGACUUCUUCGCUCGGUACGGCGCAGUGAAGGAGGUGAAGAUCAUCACCUACAGGGGUGGAAUCUGCAAAGGUUAUGGUUUUGUUUACUUCAGCGAGGAUGUCGACAUCCAGACUAUCGUUGAACAACAGGUCACUUUUAAAGGAAAGAAACUCAAACUGGGCCCUGCCAUCAUGAAGGAGCGGAGUUCUCGUGAGUCAGGUUUCCAAGGUUCUGUCCAGUCACCUUUGAUUGGUCCAUCACAGUGGGUAAGCCCCUCCCCCUGUGUGUACUGUACCUGCUGCCCUCCCAGCCUGGUUACACCCACUGUGCUCAGUGGAGGUGCACAGUACCUGCAGCCAUAUUCUUACCCAAGUUUUCCAGGAGUAAUGAUCCCUCAGAUGCCUAUGAAUUAUGCACAGACAGCCUACGCCUACCCGUACUCCCUGCCACAGUGGUGUGGUGACCAGAGGACACGGUUUAUGAAUCAGAACUUUGUGGACUGUGGAGUCCAGACGUUGCUGACACUUCUGUAGUCCGGUUUAGAUGUGGACUGUCUUUCCGGACCAGCACCCAAGGAAACCGAGGCUGAUGUCUUCAUGAAAAUGACAUCCAAUUGUGGGAAAGCAUGUUCAGCAUUCUACCUCUGGUGUGACUCUGUGUUUCUGGGAACAAACGUCCCACUCUGGGUGACAUGUCAGUGUGAUGGCAAAUCAUGGUUAUGUGGUCAAACUUCCAAUAGAAGGCUGCAUACUGUGUGUGUGUGUGUGUGUGUGUGUGUGUGUGUGUGUGACUGAAUACAAUUUACACAAAUGUUUUUGUCAGUUUAUUUGUUAUUGUCCUUGCUCUGCCUUUGUCAUACCAAACCUUUAAAAAAAAAAAAAAAAGACACUUUUAAAAUCACAAAGGUUUUUGUUUCAUCUAUGUUGGUUAUUUUAAUGUUUGCACCUCCCUCGUUCUCCAAAUGCUUUUUGAUCUCAAGGGGAGGCGACUGUUCUUGAGGCUUCUGUAAAUUGUUCAGCAAGUUCAGUUCAGCAAAUUUUAUAAUUAUAUUUGUUGCAUAAUCUCAUUCAUGCUGGCAAAGCUCUAUUGAUUAACUUCUCAAACCUCAUGUCACACAUUGUAAGCACUGUCCUGGUUUUAUUUUUAUUUUUAUAUAUUUAUUAUUUAUUUUGAACAGGGUUAGGGAUUCCAGUGUUAGUAUUUUGAAUAUUUCUCAAUGGAGUUGAGGUUUUUUUUGGGGGGGUUUAUUUGGCUUCAUGUGGCUUUGCCCAUUUGAUUAACAUAUUAUAAUAAUUAUUAUAAGUUAUAUUGGCUUGACUCUUAAUUUCAGAUCAGUUGUGAAGAGAAGCCAGGAAAAAAAAUCACUGCAUUAAAUACCAAUGAUUGAUUGAAAAGAAACUUUUAAAAACUUGUUCUGUAAAAAUGCUCAGUCACGCAAUGGGUUUGGCCAGUUUUAAUUCACUAAGUAAUGAUGGAAUAACAAUGCUUCACACGUUCACUGGUUGAUACUGAUGUUUGAUAUUUGUGGGGUUUUUUUAUUUAAAGGUUCAUUGUGCUUUUGUCUUCUUUCACUUUGUUAACGGUGGUUUUCUUCACAAGAAUUGUUUUAUUUAAAAAUAAUAGGGUGAUCUGUCUUGAAUGGUGAGAUUUGCACACGUCAUUUUCUUAUGGCUGUAACAGAUUGCAAUACCAACCUAAAUAGUUGCUGGUAAGCCAUAGGUGUUGAACACUAUAUUGUUAGCAAACACUUUUAUGGAGCCUUUGGCAUCUGAUGGAUUAUUUCCUCUUUACAUCUCCCAUGGCCUCAUAAGAACUGUAGUUUCUACUCUGGUUGAUGGCAUUGGUCGAUCACUAUUCAGUUUCUUAUGUAUACUAGUUUAACAUAAAAGGUUUGGUGUCUUUUGUCUUGUUUAUAAAGAAAUAAAGUUGAAGUUAAAUAAAA